UGUAACAUCUCUUUUCUUUCAGAUUUCCGUUAUCUGACUCUGGAUCCCACCACGGCACAUGGUUACCUCCGUCUGUGUGAGGAGGACAGAGCGGUGAGACGCAGUAAGAAAGAGAAGUCGUACCCUCGUCACCCAGAGAGGUUUAACUCCUUCGCUCAGGUGCUGAGUAAGGAGAGUGUGUGUGGACGCAGCUACUGGGAGGUGGAGAGGAGCAGUGACGGAUGUGUGUACAUCUCAGUCUCGUAUAAAGGGAUCAGUAAAAUAGAGCCACCCAGACGGACUGCGUUCGGGUACAACGAUCAGUCCUGGAGUCUGGUGUGUUCUCGGGCUCCGCUUUCUUUCUAUCACGACGACAUUAAGACCGAGCUCGGAGUUCCAUCAUCCUCCAGAAUAGGAGUGUAUGUGGAUCACAGUGCAGGAACUCUGUCCUUCUACAGCAUCUCUGACACGAUGAAGCUCCUCCACAGAGUCCACACCACAUUCACUCAGCCUCUAUACACCGGGUUUACUCUGUGGGCUCCUGACUCAGUUGUCAGGUUUUCUGAUCCACAAUAACGUAGAGUUUACAGUACUGUAAACAGUACACUAUACCAUACUGAGCACUACUGAGUUCUGGAUUCUGAUUGGUCAGGAGGCGUUGAUUAAUUCUCUAUAACAGCAGCUCUGACAGUAGCGCAGCCGCAAAUCAUUAGAUACUAACCAGCUGCUGCGACAUUAAACCCACUUAUUACACAAAGCAUGGACCGAAGAAACUAUUCAUCUCAUAAUUAAUCAAUAUUAUUGAUAUUAUAUUUAUUAUACAUUUAAUAUAAAUAAAGGAAUUGUUUAAAACGAAUUAGGUUUUUAUUGCAGCCCAGACAUGAUAAAUGUGGGCAGAGAUAGAUUUCUGUAUUUUAAUAGAACGUAUAACGCUGUCGUUCUCCAACGAGUUGGCUCACAAGUGCGAUUUGAAGGGUUCCGUUCUGUUUUUUCUUCUAUUUUCUUUGCUUUCCAUUUUCCCCGUUUCCUUUCUUUCCAUGAUGUGUAUGCAGUUAAAUCAUAUUUUUAAAUCCGAACACCAGAUAGGAUUGUAUAAUAGGCUAAUACACACUUGUUGUAGCCUUUUAACAUCAAUUCUGUAUCUUCACUAACAGAGAGACACAAGAGGAUUUACAGCAGGACUGUGUCUUACUGAAUGAUGUAAAU